UAAUUCUCACAUAAUCAUCGAGAACAUCUUGCGAACACGAGGGGGGGGCAACACUUUCUCAAGUGAAAAUCACCGCGCCGUCCCUCCAAUCUCUGCUUCAUAAUCUCUGAUACUUGCAGUUCCAGCUGAGACACUGCAUUGCCACCCUCAAAUGGUACCAUGAGAAAUGGCCGAUCCUCCUCUCUCAGGUCGCUGGUUUUCUCAUCGAGAUCUUACUCUCGCUCCUUGCCUGAGAGGACCCCGUUUUUCCCGCCAACGCAAGAACUUCUCUCCCGUGCGUCUCCAGACUCUCUGCCCUCGGCCCUGCAGCGCUAUAUCAACUCCGACAACCCUUCUCACGGCCAAAAGAUCCAUGCCCACAUUCUCAAAACCGGGCUGAACCCCAACACGAACGUCUCCAUCAAGCUUCUCAUUCUGCAUCUGAAAAGCGGUUGCCUCGGCUAUGCCCGCGCGGUGUUCGAUGAAAUGCCGCAGCGAACUCUUUCCGCGUUUAAUUACAUGAUUGGCGGGUGCGUCAAGCGGGGGAAAGUUGGAGAGUCUUUCGAAUUGGUGCGCAGAAUGGUUUCUGUUGGCGAGAGGCCUGAUGGGUAUACUUUUUCCAUGAUCUUGAAGGCGUCUACUCAGGCCCAGGAUGCGGAUUUGCCAUAUAAAAUUACUGGGGUCGUUCACGCCCAGAUACUGAGACUAGACACUGAACCGGAUGAUGUUCUAUACACGGCGCUAGUUGACUCAUAUGUUAAGCAUGGAAAGGUUGGUUACGCCAGGGCCGUGUUCGAUACGAUGUUGGAACAGAAUGUUGUUUGUUCAACCUCGAUGAUUACUGGAUAUAUGAAUCAAGGGUCGUUUGAGGAUGCGGAAGAGAUUUUCAGGAAGACAAUUGAGAAAGAUGCCGUGGUUUUCAAUGCCAUGAUUGAAGGUUACAGCAAGUCGAGUGAAUUUGCAAAGAGAUCGCUUGAGAUUUACAUUGAGAUGCAAAGGUUGGAAUUUCGGCCUAAUAUAUCUACUUUUGCCAGUGUAAUCGGGUCUUGUUCCUUAAUGGCAGCAUAUGAAGUCGGUCAACAAAUGCAAAGUCAACUUGUAAAAACUGGUCUUAUCCUUGAUGUAAAAAUGGGCAGUGCUCUUAUAGACAUGUAUUCCAAAUGCGGGAAAGUUGAGGAUGCAUGCAGAGUAUUUGAAUGUAUGCCCAACCGGAAUGUCUUUACAUGGUCUUCCAUGAUAGAUGGAUAUGGAAAGAAUGGAGAUCCCCAUAAAGCUCUUGUUCUUUUCAGUGCAAUGCGUGAGCAGCGAAUUGAGCCCAAUUCCGUGACAUUCCUCGGUGCACUCUCUGCUUGCGCCCAUGCUGGCUUAGUAGCUAAAGGCCAUGAAAUUUUCUCGAGUAUGAAGAGGGAUUACUUGCUGAAACCGGGUAUGGAGCAUUAUGCCUGCAUGGUUGAUCUCUUAGGACGUGCAGGGAGUUUGAACUGGGCAUGGGAGUUUGCGAUGAAAAUGCCUGAAAAGCCCAACUCUGAUGUUUGGGCCGCUUUGCUUAGUUCAUGUAGGUUGCAUGGUGAUAUUGAGAUGGCAAGUGUAGCGGCCAACGAACUAUUUAAGCUGAAUGCCGAGGGUCGGCCCGGGGCAUAUGUCGCUUUGUCUAAUACAUUGGCACAUGCAGGAAAAUGGGACAGUGUAACUGAACUGAGGAAGUUAAUGAAGGCAAGAGGGAUAUCUAAAGACACUGCUUGCAGUUGGGUUGAGGCUAAUUAUGGGUAAUGAGAGUUCUACUUGUUGGAGAUUUGUUGAUCUAGUCAACAGGUAAACAUGUCCAUUUUAUGGUCUUUUUACGUGUGAGAAGCAUGUUCUACGGUGCAGAUUUUCGUUUUCAUCACGCUUGAACUCAGAUUAUCAUCUUAGAUGAUUUCCAAGCCAUACGAUGUCGAUGAAGAGAUGUCGGGGAGGCUAAACCUGAUAAAGGAGCCUACGACUCAGGUGUUGACAUAUCAGGGCAAACCAGCUGCAAGCUGAUAUGGUCAUGGUGUGAUUCGACGCGAAUGCUGGAAAAGUGAUUGUCCAAGUGACAAGCACUCGAUCAGCAGUAUCAGGUUGAUCCUCUGCUGCAAUCCGCCGGAACGAAUAUACGCUGGGCUAUCUUACUGCAUUGGAUGCUGCUUUGGUUUGAUACUUGCUAGUGAGAGCUUCUGGAAAUAGACCAUUGCAACCUUUACAUCAAAGUUGUAAUUAUUAACUAGCAUUUGGAACAUAUCGGUAUUAUGACACCAGGAGAAUGGAGGAACAACUUAAGGCAAAGACUGAGCCAAUCAAGAGGCAGGAGGGACUGAUCCAAGGGUCUGGGAAAUAGUUAAAGGGCCAAUUGGACAAACUCAACGGCCAACAGUGGAACUGGAGAAGGGAUGAGACUCUGCAGCACCCCUGUUCUACUCUUCAAACUUUUGGGUUUGGCAGAAGAUAAUUUAUAAGAAGUGCCUCACAUCGGUUUCUAACAUGGUUCAAGCAUAAUUUAUAAAGAAUGCUUUUAGCUUGAGUUUUCUGAGUUGGAUUCUUUGGACAUGAUGGUCACAUUUGCCGCUUCACUUUAGUUAUUCAACCCUUCAUUGGGGUGGGUUCCUUGUUUACUUUGAUUCCUCCGUUUGUUCCAUGCGCAAGAUUGUUCCUACUUUUUUUGUAGUAUUCCUCCGACCUGUUUGCUUUGCACUUGAGAUGAAGGGCAAAGUGUACUGUGUCGAUUUUUCAUCUGGUUUAAGUCACUUCUGUUUAUGUACUCCUUCCUAAUAACUUUAGCUUUUGAAUUGGAACCUUUUAAUGUGA